CCUGCAGACUCCUCAGUGGAGAAGCUCACCUGAGCAGAAAACACCUGUCAGAGCUGCAGGGUGCAGUCACUGAAGACCAUCAGGAAUCUCUGAUCUUCUGUUCAGGUCUGACCUGAAGGAACCAUGGGUGACAGGAAGUGCUGCGGCAUUUCUGCUGCCAAACUGAUUCUGAGCGUCCUCCUCUUCCUCGUGACGGGCGCCUGCGUGGCGCUGAUUGUCGUGUUAGUCAUCAGAGAAACGGACACUGACCCAGAACCUCAGAGCCAAACGUACCUGAUCGGAGUGGGCCGAGCCGACUGCACCGGGUCAGCAGCUGAAAUCCCGAUGAUUCUUAAGGCUCUGCAAGAAAAGUAUGGUGACCUGUACAGGCAGGAAAAUGUGGUUCUGAGUGGGACUCACACUCACUGCGGACCGGGCGGGUACUUCCAGUACACGCUGUUUAUGAUCACCGGUAACGGCUACGUCAAAGAGUCCACAGAGCCGGUGGUCAACGGCAUCGUCAAGAGUAUAGACAUAGCCCACCGUAACAUGAAGCCAGGACGGAUUUAUGUGAACAAAGGAAACCUAGACGACAGCAGUCUGAACAGGAGUCCUCACUCCUACAUGAACAACCCUGAAGACGAGCGCAACAGAUAUGACAGAAACACAGAUAAGCAGGUGGUGGUCCUGAAGUUUACGGAUUUGGACGGAGAUGGGAUUGGAAUGAUCAGCUGGUUUGCCGUCCACGCCGUCAGCAUGAACUAUACCAACCGCAUGGUGAGCAGUGACAACAUGGGCUACGCUUCCUAUUUGCUGGAGCAGGAUAAGAACUUCGGGGAACUUCCUGGACAGGGGAGUUUUGUUGCUGGUUUCUCCUCCAGUAACCUCGGCGACGUCAGUCCGAACACCAGAGGACCUCACUGCAUUAACACCGGCCUUCUCUGCGACUAUCUGAACAGCUCCUGUCCUGUUGGAGGGACUAAGAUGUGUAAAGCAUUUGGACCUGGAGAGGAUAUGUUUGAGAGCACCAGAAUUAUUGGACAUAACAUCUUCAUGAAGGCUAAGGAGCUGUAUGCAACUGCAGUUAAUGAGGUGACCGGCUCUGUUCAGUUUGCUCACCAGUGGGUUAAUAUGACGGAUGUGACUGUUCAGCUCAAUGACACACACACAGGCAGGACAUGUAAACCGGCUCUGGGUCACAGUUUUGCUGCAGGAACAACUGAUGGAGGAGGAGAUCUGAACUUCACUCAAGGGGCUGUGGAAGGAGACCCCUUCUGGGACGGAAUCAGAGAUGCCCUUUUGGGGCCCCCAUCCAAUGAGACGAAGGAAUGCCAUCAUCCCAAACCGAUACUGUUCAGCACCGGAGAGAUGAACUGGCCUUUGCCGUGGCAUCCUUCCAUUGUUGACGUUCAGAUCAUCACCAUCGGUUCAGUGGCCAUUUUGGCCAUUCCUGGAGAAAUGACUACCAUGGCGGGAAGGAGGCUUCGAGCUGCCGUGAAAAAAGAGCUGGAGGCUGGAGAAAAGUUCAAAAACCCAGAAGUGGUGAUUGCUGGACUCAGUAACGUGUAUACUCACUACAUUACCACAUUUGAGGAGUACCAGAUUCAACGCUAUGAAGGAGCCUCCACCAUCUUUGGUCCUCACACCUUUUCUGCCUACCUGCAGAAAUUCACCAACUUGGCCAGAGCGAUCGCUCAGGAGAAGGUGUCGGAGCUUCCCGCCGGUCCUGAACCGCCCUUCUUCACAAACCUGUUCAAUCUAAUGCCUGCAGCGGCUUACGAUGCGAAACCAGAAAACACCAGCUUUGGAGACGUCCUCGAUCAGGUCAACAGCAUUUACAGACAGGGUGAUGUUGCUACAGUUACGUUUGUAGCAGGAAACCCCAGACACUCCGGAGACAUAAGAGAUAAAACCUUCGUUACAGUUGAGAUGUAUGACAACCAGACAGACAGCUGGGCGGUGGUCCAUAAUGAUGCAUCAUGGGAAACCAGGUUUCAUUGGCUGAAAGGUUCAAACCGUCGCAGUAACGCCACAGUGGAAUGGUACAUUCCCUCGUCCGCCCCGAGCGGUCAGUACCGGAUCAGACACUUUGGACACUACAAACAGCUGAAUGGCCUUCGACCCGUCAUCACACCGUACGAAGGCUCCUCUGAGAUCUUCAGAGUGGUUUCCAGCUUCUACCAUCAGUGAUUCAUCAGUGUUUGUUCAAGAUUGAGGAACUCUUCAUGCUGGUUCUGGUCUCCGUUUUCAUCAGAGGUUCAGACCCGGCCCGAUCGGGUCUCAUUAUGAGUUGUAGAAACAGCCAAAAAGCAUAACUUAUAGCUUCUCAAAGUGGAAAAACUGUCAAUAAAACUAGUUUGGGUUUACUG